GUUCAGUCAUAAACUCAGAGUGAAAUAUGUAGUUAGAGUGAGAAGGUCGUUAACAAAAUUGUCAACAUAGAUCUGUUCUGUUGGAGACUCGUAAAUUAGCUGCGCUCAUUAAUACUUUGCGAAAGUAAAACAGCGUGAAAAGAGAUAAACAAACUAUAUCUGACAGUUCGAUCAAAAUUCACAUUCUGCUCUAUAGAUGGAUACCAGAAAACCCGACUGAGCUAUUGAUAAGUAAAGAAUUUAAAAAAUAAACUACAUAUUGUGUGUAAAGCCUACAUGAAAAAAAAUACUUUGACUGUUGGCAAACCCUGGAAUUCUCAAAUCAUGGAGGAAGACUUAUUCCAGUUUCUCGAGCCUCUAAUCGCCCAGCAAGGCGACGAUGACCCGAGAGACGGAGACAUCUGCAUGGACUUCUAUGAUCAGGCUGUAGAUACAGAUAGCACCGGUGUUGGUCAACCUGUUGGUGGUCAACCUGUUGACGGUCAACCUGUAGGACAACCCACGGGUGGCCGUUUCAAUUCAAGGUAUUCCAUCAUCUCAAAUACUUACGACUCUGGUCUGGGCAGUGUUAUCUCCCCUGUGUAUACUGACGAAAACCAAGUGGUUGCAGGGAGCAUCACCAUACAGAGUAGAAAUAAAAAGACAAUGCCCGCACGACUGAGUCAAGGACCGUCACCCAGUAGCGGACAAGGUAAUGUAUUCAGCCCAUCAUCUCCAUAUCUGAAGCACGCGCCGUACGACAUUUCAAAACGAGGCCGGCGCGACAGCAGGGAGUCUCAGGAGAACGGCGCCAAGGUCAUCCAAGCCAACGAUGCCUUAAAGCCCCAACUCUUCGCACAAUCUUUCUCCCAACCCCAGCCCCUGUUUGACCUCUCUCGUUACCCUGACCUUGACCUAUCGAGAAGACCCGGGCCGAAGACAGGGUACCCGUUUGUACCCAACCCCACAUUUUCUCCCAGCAGCACCCACGUGGUGACGCAGCAGCAUGACGUCAGAACGGCCGCAGACGAGAGCCCGAGGAUGAGCAAGUGUCGUCCGGAGACCAACCACGUGCUGAAAGAGCGGCUGGGCGUGGCUGGGCGGGCGGAGGAGGAGGGGAGCCAGUGCAGCCCUGCUAAAAGUCCAAACUUCAAACCGGAAGUAAAAGCAGAGCUAACAGAAGAGGAGGAGAGAAAGAGGAGACAGCAGGAGAAGAACAGAAAGUACGCUAAGGAGAGCAGGGACCGGAAGAACGAGAAGCUGAAGAAACUGGAGAUGGAAAACAAACAGCUGGAGUCUGCUCUAGAGAUCACACGUAAAGCGCUGAGUCUGGUCUACACGAAGCUGAAAGGUCCCGAGUCUGGCUGGCAGGAAUAUAAGAUCGUCUGGUACCCGGGCGGGAAAUAUCAGGACUCUGUUGACGUCACCUGUCUUCUGCCCGCCGACGAGGAGCUGUUGAGGGAAAUUGGCAACAGCUCAAUCGGGGCUGUAGUACCCAGGGAGGUCACUCCCGCUACCGAGUCGAAAAGUCUAAAACGCAGUUACCCGCCCUUGCUGCCAGGAACCAGCUUGAACGAGCAGGACAAUCUGGCCAACGUGCCGACUUUUCUAGAACAAGGUCAGGUAAGAGGGCUGGGGUCGCCAGAACAAACUCAGACAACGGCACAGGUAGCCGGACUUGGGUCUCCGGUCUGCGGGAUGGAACUUUCACCAGAUUCCUCCAGAUCAGGAGAACCACCCCGCUAUCUCCCCCAGAUCAGACCAUCAGAGAGUCCCAAAUCCCAGGGUACCACAAGCCCCACCAGAAGAGAAUCGUCUGAGGUCAUACAAUUCCCAGACAAGACCAACGGAUCCCCGGUUAAGCAGUUUGUACCCCAGGAGCUCCCCGGCAAUUUCUUACACCAAUCCCAGCCUACUUUCACUUCCGGUGGGCAGCUUCCGCAUAAGCCUGAGAAAGACCUGUAUGAUUUUGAUACGUACAGUGAAAACGAGAAGUUCGAGUCCCCGUGGUCAACUAGCUGUCCGGACAACAACAACAACAGCAAGAACAGCAGCAACAGCAACCAAACAGCCGUGCCGGACACGCGAGUUGCCGACAAACAGUUACCCUUGCAGCCUCCGGUAGAGAUGAUUGCGGGUCCGGAUUUUUUUGAAAUCUGCAACCUGUCUUCAAUGGAUCUGGACCCUGAUCUUCUUACAAAAUUUUCCUGUGAGAAAGACAGCUAGCAGUAUCUGACGCAGUUAAGACAGUUGGCACUAGCUCACAAUCCACACAGCUAGCAGUCAUCAACAGCAUCCACACAACUAGCUGUCAUCAACGGCAUCCAUACAACUAGCUGUCAUCCAUAUUAUCCACACAGCGAGCAGUCAUCCAUAGAAGCAAGAACACAAAAAAUAACUCAUUGUUUUUAUUAGUUGCUUACUAUUGAUGUACAAGUUUUAAAAACAUCUCAACUGCUUGUAUAUAUAUAUAUAAUAUAAAUGUAUAAAUAUGUGUAAAUUGUAAUAUUUAUUUAUUUAUGAUGUAGUGAAAUGUAUUCGUACAUUAAAUGUUAUUCAAAGUAGCGAGACUUAUAGUGUCUCCGAUCAAGCUUAAUUAGAUCAAGUAUCGAUCAAUAUCGAUCACUUUACAAAUGAAGUACCUCGAGUUUAACAAAUUUUAUUGCAUAAAAACAGACCCUAAGUCUAUAAGCAGCAUCAGUGGGAUCAAAUCAUCUAUCAUCAAAUCAUCUGUCAUCAAAUUAUCUAUCAUCAACUAUUUAUUAAAUUCAAAACUAAAAAUUAUUGUUUCAAUUUAAACAAUUUAACCCUAUUAAAAAGGCGCAACGUGCAAAUUUAGCACAAAGCUCAAAACUUUUUAUUUUCAGAGGUCCCCCUUCCCACCCACUUACACACACACACACACACACACGCACGCACACGCACACGCACACACAUACACAUACACAUACACAUACACAUACACAUACACAUACACAUACACAUACACAUACACAUACACAUACACAUACAUAUACAUCAACCUCCGGCUUAUAUGUUCUUAUCUUUUCGGUGUUCAUUACUUAGACAUUAGCCAUAUUUGUAUUGUUUCAUGGACAUUAGCCAUAUUUGUAUUGUUUCAUGGACAUUAGCCAUAUUUGUAUUGGUUCAUGCAGUUCAUGGAUAUUAGCCAUAUUUUUUAUGUUUUCAUUACCUUGAGUGUUUUCAUACCUUUUAAGCCGUGUUCAGAAAUCCGGUGAUUUUUUUUUUCUAAAGAUAUGAGAUUAGACCAUACCGUUUUGUCUAGUAUGUGUUACCUUGACCUUUGUUAAACCACUGAACCAUGUCACAGUCUAUGACCCGUGGUCACUAGAUUACCAUGACACUCGUUCGAUCAAUGGCUGCACAAAAAUCAAUCAGAUCGCCAAAUAACUUUCAUCGCUAUUAAAAUUUCUAAGCGAAAUUUUGCUGAUCAAGAAGUUUCUUCCAAACUAAUUUAUUAUUUUUUAAAUUAAAAAAAAACAAAAACCCAUUCCAUCCCUAAGGGGGUGUCCGAAUAUGACGUCAUGCAUGGGGGGGGGCUACUGAUUUUAUGAAGAAUGGGUAUGUAGGGGGGCAAGAUUUGAUAAAAUAUGACGCAACAUUAAGCGUUGAGGCUGCCUAAUUCUUAAAAAAUAAAAAUAAUGGAAUGCCUUGAUUUUCGUAAGAAUAAUGCCUGUUUUUAGGUUUCAGAUAUUGGGUAAUUGGAACUUACGUCAUUUCAAGUGGGG